AGGGCUCUCAAUGUGGUGCUGAUUAUCACUGCGUUGCCUCUUAGGAGGCGAACGAAUACUUCCAGGAUGUCUCUACCCGCGGUAAGCGUUGACUCCGGUGCCGGAACAUCGUCAACAAAAGCGAAGAAGAGAAUUUCCGCCAAUUCCACUACACCUCCUUCUCACAAGCCUAAGCGACACCCACCAGUUUCUCCAGCUUCAAGCCCAAUCUCGUGGUCCGAAUUAACAGAAGUCGCCUUGACUGCUAAAUGCCUCUGUUUGUGCCCCGAUCGCUCAAGAGUAAUCUCCGCCGAAGCGAACAUUCUCGACAAACUCACCGGUCUCGAAACGUGCCUGACACUGCUUAAGCGGCAGAAAACCGCCGGUUUCUUGUGUUCAUCCCUCGCAGAAUUCGUUGAAAGCUUUCUAACGGAAGCUGAAGACCCACCGGAGGAAUCCCUGGUCAACGUCAGUCUGUGCUCAGAAGACCCUUUUAUUUCAUAUGCUGCGAGCAGAGCUGCUCUUUCACUGUUCCGCUUUAAGAAGUCUUAUGCGAUUACUGGAUUUCAUCGCAUUCUGCGUUAUCUGACGAAUCGGAGCAUCGAGCAACCGACUGAUGGUGGCGUUCUGAAUUGUCUGCAACUGCUUCGGGAAGCUUGUUGUGUCAAAGAAUCGAAAGAAGAUGAGUCUGCGUGUCCUCCGGAGAGUUGCGAAAUGUGUCUGGUUGAAAGUGACGAAGAUAGCGACGAGAGCGAAUUCAGUUUCGGGGAAAGCGAAGACGAGGAUGGAGAGCCGGCGAGCAAAAGGAUCUGCUGGGAUGCGUCUAACGUGAAGCUGACUUGUUUGGAAAUUUUGGCGCGAUUCUGGCCCAGAGUGGUUUCUUGUGCGAAAGCCCGGGGUCUGGCGACUUCUUCCGCAUUCAUGUCGCUGUGGACGACCCUAGUAGCCAUUCAUUCGAACGUUCCCGAGAAAUGGGCUCGUGCUUUCGUUGCCCCAUUGGCCGGGUUCUUGCCGGACCUGGCUGCAUCCAGGGAUGUAAUUUCUUGGCGACAUGGACUCGACGUUUACAAUGAAGCCUUGUGUUACGGGAGCACGAUCGCAUUGCAGGAAGAUGUUCCCGAUGAGGCUUUGGCUCUUUCCAGAGUUGUUUUGAGGUCGAUUGGAACGCUUCUCGUAUCAGUGCCUUUAAACGAGGACUUCGCCGGUUUAGUGCCUUCGAGUUCCACAGAAGAGCCGUCGGUGUUGGUGUCCAAGACUGUGUUGCUUCUUCUCAAAGCCGCAGCAAUCCGAACGAAAGCCGGAGACUCAGUUAGUGCCGAAGAACUCGGUGGAAUGGAUUCUUGGGUGAAAACCCGACUUCAUUUCCAUCCGGAAACGGAACCCGCGGAUUGGAUCGUUCGGGUUCUGUCAUCCCAAGACGACGUGUUGGUCGAGUCCCUGGUGUGCCUGCUGGACAUUUACACUGCGAACCCGUCGCCGGCGUUGUGUCCUCACGGGUCUUUCAAGGCCCUGUUGGAGACCCUCGGCUACGAUUCCGCAGUGUUGCUGGAUUAUUUGGUAUCGGACGACACGUACUUUUUGCUGUACCUCUUGCGGUACAUGAAACUGGUGGCGAAAAGCACCGACGUAUUCGUGAACAGAAUGGGAUCGGAUUUCGGGAAAGUGGUGGAAGUGUUGCGGACCUUGCGCAAAUCCUUGGCUUCGUUGACGCGACAGAAACUGUUUCCCUACAACGACAUUCGAAGAUUUUUCAAGCCAUUAUCGUCCCCGAAACGCGGGGAUGUUCCGGGAGAACCCGACGAUGACAACAAACUCGCCAGGAAACGCAAGCGUUCCAAAGAACCCGGAGAACUGCCGAGGCGACGGAAUCGCCUGCAAUUGUUGGAGUCUUCUGACGAAGACGAAGAACCCGUCCAGGUCGCCACUAAGAAGUCCAGGGAAGAAAAGAAAAAGGAAACCAAGACUGUUCCUAUCCCGAAGAAGGAGAUUAAUCCCCAAGAGUUUUUUGGCGCGUCCAAGAAGCCCGUCGCUGAAGAAAACGUGCACGAAGACGAAGCUUUCAAGGAAACGCUGAGGAAGCUUGAAAACUCCAGUGUGUCUGCCGGAAAAAUAUCUGCUGAAGUUAGCGCAGAGAAAUCAAAGACCGAGAAGUCGAAACACCGCGAGGCGUCAACUGAGAAAUCGAAGAAGCACCGAGGUAAAUCAAACGACAAGAAUGGUGGUGAUAUAGACAAGGGCAAAUCGAAUGACAAGAAGGAAAAAUCAGGCGAGAAACACGGGGAAACAUCCGAUGAAAAGAAAAAGAAGCGCCGAGAAACAUCAGACAAAUCCAAAGAAAAGAUGCCUGGAAAAUCUGACGAGAAGAAGAAGGAAACGCCGAAGGCUGAUUCUCCGAAACCCGUUUCGAAAGAGAAGACGCCUACGAGGACUGAAGAAUCCCGUUCUGCUGCGAUCCGAACCCCGAGCACGGGGACUAAAGCGCAGCCAGACGAUGAUUUCACUGAUGCCAAUUCGGAGAAACGGAAAUCGAAUUAUUUGAAUUAUCAGAAGUAUCUUCAGCGAAGUGGCCCUCGGAAUCCUGGAACCAAAACCGUACCCGAGGGAACCGAAAACUGUUUCCAAGGCCUGUCCUUCGUCAUCACCGGUGUCAUGGAGAGUUUGACGCGAGAAGAAAUGGAAGAAAUCGUGAAGAAACACAACGGGAAAGUUGUUCAUUCGGUGUCGAGGAACACGUCAUACGUCGUCGUCGGUGAAGAACCCGGUCCUAGCAAAAUGAAAAAAGCCGAAACCUGCAAAACCAAGCUACUAACGGAAGACGAAUUCCUAGAUCUGAUUGUCACGUGUUCCGAAUCCGUUCCCAAGUCUCCUCCUCCAAAGUCCGAAGGCACUAAGAAAUCCAAGAAGAGGAAACGAGCCGAAGAUGACGUUAUUCCCGCGACCCCGAAAAUGUCCAAGAAAUCGGAGAAUGUUAUCAACGAAGCGAAGGAUUCGUCGAGGAAUGAAAAGUCGUCGUCGUCGUCGGGGAGCAGAAAACUGGAACAGAUUUCACCGACGGAAAAAGAAAUUGUGUCCCGUGAUGCGAAGAAGCCGAUUGUUAUUUCGAAAAUUGCUCCCGAGCCUUUGCCGCCGAAAAAAGUUUUCGAGGACGAUGGCAGUCCUCCUUGCCAAUUGUGGGUGGACAAGUAUCGACCCACGGAAGCCAGGUUGAUUAUUGGUCAACACGGUGACAGGAGUUGUGCGAAUAAGCUGCGUAGAUGGCUUCAGGACUGGCACAAGAACUUCGGAGAUCCAAACAAGAAAGUGAAAGCUGCUCCUCCGUGGUUCAAGGAUGAAUGGGGAGCCUCUUUCAAAGCUGCUUUGCUGUCUGGAUCACCUGGUGUUGGGAAAACGACCACGGCGACGGUCAUUGCCAAAGAACUCGGUUUUGAUCUUGUUGAACUGAAUGCCAGUGAUACCAGGAAUAAGAAGUCUCUGGAAGCCGAAGUCUCUGAAAUGGUUUCCUGCAAAGCCUUGGGAAAGGAUGCGCAGAAAAGUUCCUCGAAAAGAGUUGUGAUUAUGGACGAAGUGGACGGAAUGGCUGGGAACCAGGACCGUGGCGGAGUUGCGGAACUCAUCAAGUUGGUGAAAGUGUCGAGAGUGCCAAUUAUUUGCAUCUGCAACGACCGGAAUCAUCAGAAGAUCCGGUCUUUGGCCAAUUAUUGUUUCGAUUUGCGAUUCAGUAAACCGCGCACGGAACAAAUCAAGGCUGCCAUGAUGACUGUGUGCUUCAAAGAGGGAAUCAAGGUACAGUUUCAUCAACUCAUUGGAAGACAAAUUCCUCCA